GGAAAUUUGGCUGCCCCUCUUCCCAGCCCAGCAACAACAGCCUCAUCAUCAAAAGCUCGCAUCAAGAAAUCUUGCCUCGUUAUCAACAAGCAAGCAUCCGACCCCUCAGCAAGCAUCUCCCUCUAUCGAAAACGAACCUCUAACUCCACGAGUGCAACACUCAACACAGUCAAGAUGGCAGGAAACUUCGAGGACAUUGCGAAGCAAUUCGUCACCUUCUACUACUCCCAAUUCGACCAAGACCGCAAGGCGCUCAGCGCCCUCUAUCGUGAUGGCUCUAUGCUGACCUUCGAGUCUUCCGCUGUCCUUGGCGUGAACAGCAUUGUUGAAAAGCUGUCUGGCUUGCCCUUCGAGAAGGUCAAGCACCAGGUCGCCACAUUGGACGCCCAGCCCAGCGUCAACGGUGGUGUUUUGGUGCUGGUGACUGGACAGCUUCUGGUGGACGAGGAGCAGCGGCCGAUGAACUAUACCCAGACCUUCCAUCUGGUGGCUGAGGGUGGCUCCUACUACGUCUUCAACGACAUCUUCAAGCUGGUUUACGGUUAAAGGGUUCCGCCGGCUUCUUCCUUGGUGGAUGGAUAGAGCACAUAGAGAUGACAGAUGCUGAGAUUUCGAGCCGGUGGUGUACUUGGAGGGAAUCGCUAUAGACGGGAGAAGGCCCAGACUUGACUACCAGAAGCUGUGUUCGAUAUGAAGGGCAAAGCAAGUAGUGUGAUCAAUAACGAUUCGUCAACCAGGCUUAUGAAUUUACAACAAUCAAAAUACGCCGACUGCGGCGGUGUUUGCAGUG